GAUUAGAGAGAUGUGGAAGCUGAAAAUAGCUGAAGAUGGACCAUGGCUGAGCACAUUAAAUAAUCACAUCGGAAGGCAACAUUGGGAGUUCGAUCCAGAUAGUGGAACCCCAGAAGAAGUUGCCCAAGUGGAAAAAGUUCGCCAAGAAUUUAAGAAGAAUCGGUUUCGGGUUAAACAAAGUGCAGAUAUCUUGAUGAGAAUGCAGCUUACAAAGGAAAAUCCUCGUGGGGAAAUUCCCGAAAGAAUGGAAGUUAAAGAAGGAGGAGAGAUAACAGAAGAAGCAGUGACUACUACACUAAGAAGAGCCGUAAGUUUUUACUCUUCCAUUCAAGCUCAUGAUGGCCAUUGGCCUUCGGAAUCUGCUGGCCCUCUCUUCUUUAUUCAGCCUUUGGUGAUAGCUUUGUGUGUUACUGGAGGACUUAAUGCUGUAUUAUCAUCAGAACACCAGAAGGAAAUUAAACGCUACCUCUACAAUCAUCAGAAUGAGGAUGAAGGUUGGGGAUUACACAUAGAGGGUGAGAGCACAAUGUUUGGUUCAGCACUGAGCUACAUAGCCUUGAGAUUGCUUGGAGAGGGAACUGAAGAUGGAGAGGACAUGGCUAUAGCACGAGGCCGCCAAUGGAUCCUUGACCACGGCGGUCUCGUGGCCAUUCCAUCUUGGGGAAAGUUUUGGGUUUCGGUACUUGGAAUCUAUGAGUGGUCCGGCUGCAAUCCUAUGCCCCCAGAGUUCUGGCUUCUACCUAAGAUCUUCCCUAUCCAUCCAGGAAAAAUGUUAUGCUAUUGCCGGUUGGUUUACAUGCCAAUGUCAUAUCUAUAUGGAAAGAGGUUUGUUGGGCCAAUCACCCCAUUGAUUCGAUCACUCAGACAAGAGCUUUACAAUGAACCAUAUCAUCUCAUUAACUGGAAUAAAUCCCGAAACACAGUUGCAAGGGAGGAUCUCUACUAUCCACAUCCUUUAAUUCAAGAUUUAACAUGGGGUUUUUUACACCAUGUUGCUGAACCUUUCUUGACACGUUGGCCCUUUUCAAUGAUGAGAGAAAAGGCACUCAAAGUUGCAAUUCAGCAUAUACAUUACGAAGAUGAGAAUAGCCAAUACCUCUGCAUUGGAUGUGUUGAAAAGGUGUUAUGCCUUGUUGCAUGUUGGGCCGAAGAUCCAAAAUCAGAAGCAUACAAACGCCAUCUAGCUAGACUGCCUGAUUACUAUUGGAUUGCUGAAGAUGGCUUGAAAUUUCAGACUUUCGGUAGUCAAAUGUGGGAUGCAGCUUUUGCCAUCCAAGCAAUUAUCUCAAGUAAUCUAGUUGGAGAAUAUGGGCAAACACUUGGUAAGGCACACGAAUUUGUGAAAGCUUCACAGGUACGACAAAACCCUUCUGGCGAUUUCUCUUCAAUGUACAGGCACAUCUCUAAAGGUGCAUGGACAUUUUCGACACAAGACCAUGGUUGGCAAGUCUCCGACUGUACUUCAGAAGGAUUAAAGGCUGCACUCUUAUUGUCACAAAUGCCAUCACAUCUUGUUGGUCAAAAACUGGAAACAGAUCGCUUAUAUGAUGCUGUUAAUGUUAUUCUUUCCUUGCAGAGUAGAAAUGGUGGUUUCCCAGCUUGGGAGCCUCAAAGAGCAUUCAAAUGGUUGGAGAAGUUCAAUCCUACAGAGUUCUUUGAAGACACUCUAAUCGAAACAGAGUAUGUAGAAUGCACUUCAUCUGCAAUUCAAGGUUUGGCACUCUUCAGAAAGUUACAUCCCGAGCAUCGAAGAGGGGAAAUAGAUAGUUGUAUCUCAAAAGCAAUUCGUUACAUUGAAGACACACAAAAGCCUGAUGGUUCAUGGUACGGUUGUUGGGGAAUUUGCUACACCUACGGGACAUGGUUUGCAGUAGAGGGACUGGCAGCCUGUGGUAAAAACUACAACAACAGUCCUGCAUUGCGUAAAGCUUGUGAAUUUUUAUUAUCAAAGCAGUUACCUUGUGGUGGAUGGGGAGAGAGUUAUCUUUCAAGCCAAAAUAAGGUUUAUACGAAUUUAGAAGGUAACCGAGCAAACGUAGUACAAACAGCAUGGGCUUUGUUGUCUUUAAUUGAUGCAGGACAGGCUGAAGUAGAUCCUACACCCAUUCAUCGCGGAAUCAGGGUCUUGAUCAAUUCACAGAUGGAAGAUGGAGACUUCCCUCAACAGGAAAUUACAGGAGUUUUUAUGAGGAACUGUACACUAAAUUACUCAUCAUAUCGAAACAUCUUCUCUAUAUGGGCUCUUGGAGAAUAUCGACGUCGUGUUAUAUUUGCCUAAUUAUCUAAACUAGAAGCAUGAGAUGAAACUAAUGGUCACAACCUUUACACCCAGUGAAAGAAUGAAUGAAUAUAUUAUAAACCACAAUAUAUCAGUUUGUCAGAAUAUGUAAAAUAUCAGAGAAGAUGUAAAUGUCUUCCUUAUCAACUGUGCAAAAUCUCUUCAGAAAUGUCAAUGUGAAUAUACUGUAAUGUAAUAUGUAUGAUUGUACAUGUUAUAU